CUGCAGCUCUACGAAGACAUCAUCGCGUCUGACGCGCAGACCAUCCAAGUGCAGCAGGAUACCAUGGCCGCGCAACAAGAGACCAUUCGCGCGCAGGCACAGAUGAUCAAGAAUAUGAGACUUCUGCUCGAGAGACAAGACGAGAGGAUUGAAGAACUGGAGCGCGCGGUG